UAAAUAUUGCGGUCUGCAAUUUUUCGUGUAUUUUCGUGUGGAAAACAGUGAUUAAAAAAGCUGCAAAUCGCAUUCAGACCCUUCUGGAGUGCGUUUCGUGCGAAAAAUCAUCGAAACCAUCGGUGUUGGCAUCGCGUUACGGCAAAAUUGUCAAAAAAUCGCCCCAAAACACCAAAAGUCUCGCGAACCAGAGAAAACGACGAAGAAAGAUAUCCAAAUCGCGUACAUAUGUGUCACGUUAACGCGUUGUGUGUGAGGAAAAAAAAUUGAUUCACAGUAGUGACACAAUAAUAAAAACAGGCAGCAGCAGCAAGCAAGAGAAGUCUGCAAAGCAGAGAGAGAGCUUCGAGUUUGCAUCGCGCAGGCGCUUAUCAAUGAGCGAGAGUGAAUCGGAACUGUUGUUGCCUGCAAGUUACUGCUUUUCGGCUGCACGACGCGCGGCACAUUGAUAAGGGACCAAAAACAGCAGAUCCGAGAGAAAGAGAAAAGCGUAUGCGAAAUAAAGGUGUGCCACGGAGCAAAUUGUGUGCUAAACGAUGAAAACACAAAAUUAUUCGCAACGAGAGGCAGUUUUGGCAUUUUCCCCACUUUUCACGUAGAUUCGCGUACACGCACGGUGCUUCUUCCUUUUUCCUCGUACGCGCCAGGAUAUACGGCGUACACCCUCCGACAACACACGCGAAAGCUUUAUUAAAGCUGACCGAGGAAAAAUCUCACUCAUUCGUGUUUUCGCCGUCAGUCAAGACGCACUUUGCGAUUGAUAGGGCAUCAGGCGAUACAGAAACUACCAAAAAGGACAUUUUCUCAAAAUAAAUCUCUUAAAAGUUACAAAGCAACAGUUGACAAGUGAACUUUUCAUUGUGAAAAAAAAAAUUAAAAAAAAAAAAUUAAAAUCUGUGUCCUGUCAUCUUUUUAGUCAUUUUCUGUCAGUGUAUUUUUAAUAAGUAACCAACAAAAAAAAAUUAAUUAUAAAAAAUUAAAAAAAAAAAUGUUAAUAAAAAUUAGUCUGUCGUAAUUUCUGCAAUAUUAAAUUAUUAAAAAAAAAACUUAAAAAAAAUAACUUGCUUGAAAAAAAAAGUUGAAGAAAUAAAAAAUCAAAACAAUGAAAAAAUUCACGUUCAAGGGUGUACUCGAUGGCUUCCGGUCGUCGUCAGUGCAACUUCCGCAACAAAUGCGACCGGAACAGGAGAUCCAAGAAACACUCAGAUCGAGUGAUUUUUCCGUCAAAAAGACUUUUCGACAUGGAUUCCCCAAUCAACCAACAGCCCUCGCCUACGAUCCCGUACAGAAAUUGCUGGCAGUCGGCGACAAAGCUGGCUCCCUCAGAAUAUUAGGGAAGCCCGGAGUCGAUGCGCACGUAAGACACGACGGAGAUCCGCCCCAAGCUGUCGUUCUCAUCCGUUUUCUCGUGAACGAGGGGCAACUCGUUACCGCAACUGCCGACGACACAAUCCAUCUGUGGAACUUCAAGCAAAAAAGUCCAGUUAUAGUACAAAGUUUAAAGUUUCAGCGGGAACGCAUCACAUUUCUGCACUUGGCGGUCGGCAGCAAAUGGCUGUAUGUGGGCACGGAAAAAGGCAAUAUUCACGUUGUAAAUACGGAGGCAUUCUCCCUUAGUGGUUACAUUAUUAAUUGGAACAAAACGAUAGAUCUAAUAAGUAGAGUACAUCCCGGUUCCGUUGUACAUCUGUCAGAUAAUCCAUUGGAUGCUAAUAAGUUACUAAUAGGAUACGAGUGCGGCUUGAUUGUUCUGUGGGACAUGCGGGCGAAAAGUGCAGAGCUUCGAUGGCAAUUUCACGAGCCGCUUCGAUCUGCGGCCUGGCAUUUCGAGGGCAAGCAUUUUGUGACGUCGCACACCGAUGGCUCGUUAUGUACGUGGCCUUUACGCUCUACUGGACCGCCCGGGAAACCACAACUCCAUGUUUUUCCGCACGCAAAACCAACAAAAGACGGCAAACUAGAGCAAUGUAAGCCGAUACACAAAGUAGAUAUAAAAACCACGAGAGUAGGAGAGACAUUGACAAUAUUUUCGGGAGGUCUUUCGAUGGAACGUGGCGGCAAAUCGCCAUGCAUCACGGUGCUGCAAGGCAAACAAACGACGGUGCUCGAAAUGGAGCAUCCCGUGGUAGAUUUUGUGACAAUAUGCGAAAGUCCGUGGGAUAGUGAUAUGCAGGAGCCAUAUGCCGUCGCGGUGUUGCUGCAAAAUGACCUCGUUGUGAUAGAUUUGUUGACGCCCGGCUUCCCGCCCUUCGAAUCGCCUUACCCGAUGGACUUGCACGAGUCGCCCGUCACUUGUUGCACUUACAUGGCGGAUUGCCCCUCGGAUCUCGUGCCCGCCUUUUAUGCUGUCGGCAGGCAAGCCUUAACGCGACGCACAGGUUACUCGGAUCGCGAAUGGCCCGUGGCGGGCGGCGAAUGGGAACCCGCCUCAAUUAGCUACUCCGAAAUUAUCAUCACGGGACAUCAGGAUGGCACAAUCAAGUUUUGGGAUGCCAGUGCGGGCACACUGCAGAUUUUGUACAAACUCAAGACGGCGAAAAUCUUCGAGAGACCCCGAACACGAUCCGUCGAUGGGCCCGAAGAAGAUCCCCUAGCUAUACAAAUUAUCUAUUUAUGUGCUGAAUCAAGAAGGUUGUGCGUAGCUGGAAACAGCGGACAUGUGAUAUUAUUUAAAUUUAGAAAAUUAGAAUGUACUUCUGAGACUACGGUGUUAGAAAUCUUAAUAUCUUAUGAAUCGUACGAUGAUGGCGAUGGCAGCCCCGAAUGUGAAUUCAUACCAAAGUCACUGCCAAAACAGACCGAAUCAACAGAUAGUGAAAAAAAGUUUGAUGGAAUGCUGAAAGUCAAACCAGGUCCCCAAAAAAAAUUAGCUGGCUUCCAACCGCAAUUAGUUUGUCUCACGCCAUGGCAAAACGGAACGCAUCCCGGACAAAUAACAUCACUUUGUAUCAAUUCCAGUUACGGACUUAUGGCCUACGGCAACGAAUACGGUUUGGUUCUCGUGGAUAUCGUACAGAAAUGUUGUCUUCUUAAUAUUGCGAGUCCCGAUUUGUAUGGCGCACAAGAUCCGUAUGCACGACAACCCCGAAGCCCCAAACGGCUCGACGUAACGCAGCAAUAUCGCGAUGAACAGGCACGCUCUCCGAGCAUCGACCAGUUGACAGCAAUUGAUAUGAGUCCGAGCAAAAGUACGUCAACGACUUCCGAGACGACGGAGAAGACAAGUUCUCGUCCCGUGUCGCCUGGCGUCGAAGCAACGGAAGAAUCCUCAUUGCAAUCCGGGACGGAAGACAAAAUGAAGAACAAAGAAGCGAUCAAACUGGAAAAUUCGCGUCGCAAGUCAAUGUCGUGGAAGGGAAAAUUGACGCGUCAACUGAGCAGUGCCCAGAUAAAAAUAAUCAGCACGUUCAAAGAACCCACAAAAAUGGCGACAAAAGUUCCCGUGAUGCAAAGUGAACCGGGCACGCCAAUCGAGCAUCGCGACAUGACUUUUGCCACGAACGAACUCGAAGUGCCAAGUGACAUGCAGCGUGGCGCCCUCUCUGAAGGCGCUACUGCUGUGCCAUCCGAUUGCUCAAAUUCCUCAAGUCGAACCCUUUCGCCGAAUAUCGACGCCGAAUACUUGUCAAAGCUCGAACAGGAAAUUGUCACAAGUCUCGAACAAGCCGGUUACAAAGACGAGGCAACAAUCGAAGAUGAGACCAAAGAUGGCGCUGCCGACGAAAACAUUCCCGUUGAUAGCUCAAGUGACUCGGAUUCGUCGGAGAGCCCGGCGGAGACACCAACUCACGCAAUUGCCGCUCAAAAGAAACGCACGUCUUCCAAUCCGUCGAUCAAACGCGUCGAAUUCAGCGAAGAAGUGAUGCAACGUGCUUCCAUGUCUUCCGUAGAGGGCGCUCGUGUUUCGCGCCCUUCAAAUCUCGAGCUCCAAAGCACCACGGAGCCCGAUGAACCGGUGCGCCCUCCGCGACAAAACAAAUCCAAGGCGACAGACAAGCGCAAUGAUCGUCUCCUUUCCGUGCCAAAUCUCAAAAUGUCGAAGCAAAACUUGAAAGACUUGCGAUCGAAAAGUGGGCGGAGCGAUUCGCAACCCGGAAGCAGCAAAUUUGCCGGAAAUCUCAUGCGACGCUUCAACAAACUGGAUAGCUCCUUCUCACGUUCCCGCUCAUCAUCGAUGUCUAGUUUAGAAAAUAUUACAUCAGAGGCUGUUACAUGUUUAGCAUUUACCGAUAGCUAUACGAAAAAAAGUGAUCCAUCCGCAUUGCUUCCAACACUGUGGGUUGGUACAAGCUUGGGCUCAGUAUUGACCGUAUCAAUUACAUUACCUGAUUCUGACAAUAGAAAAGCACAACCGAUGGUUGUAUCAUUUUUAGGAGGACCAAUCUUUCGCCUAAAAGGAUCCAUUCUGGCAAUGUCAUUUUUGGAUUGUAACGGUGGCCUCAUUCCGUACUCUUUCGAAUCGUGGCGCGAUGAGAACAAGCGUGACAAUGCUUUGAUAGGGACGCCAACGAAGGCGACAAAUCGCAUGAGUCCCACAAUGGGCGGCGACUCGGCAUUCAGCGAUCGUCAAUUCAUCGUCAUUACGAGCGAGAAGCAGGCACGUGUCGUUGCGCUACCCAGUCAGAAUUGCGUUUAUCGGCAGCAAAUUGUCGAUGCCGACUUUAUCGUGAAAGCGGAAAUUGUCAGUUUGAAAGAUAGCGUUUGUCUCGUUUGUUACGCCUCGCAUGGACAUUUACUAGCGUACACACUACCGAGUCUGAAGCCAUUGUUAGACGUCGAUUUUCUUCCGUUAGCUGACCUAAGCUUCCAGACCAAAUGUAAACAAGGAAUUGUAGAUCCGAUGCUCUCGAUAUGGGGUCAACAACUAAUUGUGCAUGAGGAUUCUAACCAGAUUUCCAAAUCAUUUUGCUUCAGCAAUCGAGGACAAGGAUUGUUUCUGGCGACUCCCACCGAGAUACAAAAGUUUACAAUCUGUGCGGAGUUUUGCACAUUAUUCAGUGAAAUGGCGCCACAAUUGUACAUGGAAGCAGAGAUGCCGGAAGCUCCAAAAGCUUCUUUCCUCGUUGGAUUGUUCGGGGGCGGCACAAAAAGUUUCGAUCGUGAAGAAUUAUUUGGCGAAGCAAGCGGCAAGGCAAAUCGCUCCGUGGCUGUUCGAUCGACGCCAAGCGAACGCCUGCAAGAAUUGGGUGCACGUGCCUCGACAGCGGGCAAUGAAAUUUCGCGUGCACACAAAAUGAUGAUUGAGCGCGGCGAGAAACUGAGUCAAUUAGAAGACAAUGCCGAACGAAUGUCAAACACAGCACAAGAAUUUAGCAGUACAGCACAUCAAUUAAUGAACAAAUAUAAGGAUAAGAAAUGGUAUCAAUUGUAAAUAUAAAAAAAAAUUGGACAAAAAAAGUGUAUUGUUACCGCAAUAAGUCAAUAUUAUAAAUAUUUAACAAAAUUUGCUUUGCAAAAAUACUUCAAAAGCAAAAUUUAUCUUCGUGCUUUACAAAAAUGAGAAAAUUAAGAAACACAACCGAUGACCGUAAACUAACUCCAAUGAAAUUUAAAAUUUUAUAGACUCUAUUCUAUACGUGAAAAAAACACAAACUAACCAAAAAUUUUAACCCCCUUCUUGCAAAUAAAGCAAAACUAUUACUAAAGGUGUAUAAUUCCGAGAAAAAAAAAGAAAAGUUAUAAAAUGAAAGAGUAACCUUCAAAAAUUCUUAUGAUUAAUCAUAGUUAAUGUUACAUAAAAAUAAUAUAUAUAUAAAAAAUGAGAAAAAAAAGUAUAAAAGUUAAUAAGAGAGUUAAGCUUACCACA